AUGAGAGUCUUGUGUGUGGCUGAAAAGCCUUCCAUUUCCAAGGCUGUCGCUGGUCACCUCUCUGGCGGAAGCAUGCAAACCCACAAUACCAGGAACCAGUACAUCAAGAAUUACUCGUUUGAUUUCGACUUUGGGCAAGCCCUGGGCCAAUGUUCCGUCACCAUGACCUGUGUCACCGGUCAUCUUACCAAUGUCGAGUUUACCAGCGAGUACAAGAAUUGGAGUUACCCUCCACCCGAAACUUUAUUCAACGCUCCCAUAGUCACUAGUAUUCAUGAUGUAUGUGUAGACGCACAUGUCAACGACAAUGGGUUCAUGGCUGACUGGUUGGAAAAUCAGGACAAGAAAUCCAUAGCCAAGAAUCUUGCAGACCAAGCCAGGUACGCCCGAUUGUUGGUCAUAUGGACGGAUUGUGAUCGUGAAGGAGAGCAUAUUGGUCAAGAAAUUGUGGACGCUGCUCGCAAAGGCAACGCCAGCAUACAGGUCAAGCGAGCCAAGUUCAGUAACGUUGAACGAGCCCACGUUCUCUCGGCAGCCAGGAGGCUAGUCGAUCUCGACAAAAAGCAAGUUGAUGCCGUUUCCACAAGAAUCGAACUUGACCUUCGUAUUGGCUAUGCAUUUACACGGUUCAUGACGAAUAGCCUGCGGCCGCUCGGGGGUCCCAUGGAAAGUCUGACGUUGAGUUACGGUGAGCAAAAGACCCAAGAACAAGAGAAGUGGUCCUCAAGCAAGAUAAGGCCCCUAACAUUUGAUCGAUACUUUCGUGUCAAGAACUUUAUCCCUGAGCCUUUCUGGAGCAUUAGCUUGAUGCAUAAUCGUGACGGCAAAAACGUCAACUUUAGCUGGGAAAGGAACAGACUAUUCGAUCGCAUGACAACCAUUAUUUUAUAUGAAAGAUGUCUUUUGGCAAAAACAGCAAAGGUGAUCAAUGUACAGGAGAAGCCGACACGGAGAUACAAACCGCUGCCUCUGACAACUGUUGAACUUCAGAAAGCCGCCACUCGCCUUCUUCGAAUGAGUGGUCAACAGGCUAUGACGAUUGCUGAGGGCUUGUACAAUAAAGGUUUCAUUUCAUAUCCUCGCACUGAGACCGAUCGAUUCGAUAAAGGAAUGAAUCUGAAGGCUCUAGUCCAGAAGCAGUCCCCAGACCAGCGAUGGGGUCAGUUCGCUCAAAAUUUGGUCAACGGAGCUUUCAAACAGCCCAGAGAGGGCAGGCACGACGACAAGGCACAUCCACCAAUCCAUCCGAUUACUUAUGCCGCACCAAGCGUUCUCAGUCCUGACGAGGGGCUCUUGUAUGAAUACGUUGUCCGGCGGUUUUUAGCAUGUUGUUCUGAAGACGCCCUCGGUAUGGCUACUACUGUCGAUCUCCAGUAUGGGGAUGAAUUUUUCGGUUCGCAUGGUGUUAUUGUGCUGGAAAGAAACUAUCUUGAUGUGUUUGUAUAUGACAAAUGGGACAACCAUGAACUACCGAGAUUUGCCAGAGGCGAGUUCUUUCAACCUACAGAAGCAAUAAUGUCAGAGGGAAAGACAUCGCCACCGAGUCAUCUCACAGAAGCUGAUUUGAUUGCAUUGAUGGACGCCAAUGGAAUCGGAACAGAUGCUACAAUGGCGGAGCAUAUUCAGAAAAUCCAGGACAGAGAAUAUGUUGCCACUGUCGGCAAUAGCGGUGCAAUGGCGAGUGAAGAUGACGAUGGAGUCCAAGACAGAGCUUCGUCUGGGAGAGGGAGAGGAACGGGCAGAGCUCGUGGGGGUAGAGCAGCUCGUGGGACUUCAACUUCGUCAAGUGGCCGAAGAGGUGGUGUUCGUGUCUUUAUUCCAACACAGCUCGGAGUGGCCCUCAUCUUGGGCUAUGACCGAAUGGGUUUUGAAACUAGUCUCGGUAAGCCAUUCCUCCGCAAAGAAAUGGAACUCAAAAUGAAAGCGAUAUGCGAGGGUCGAACAACGAAGGAGGUUGUGUUGCGUGAGAGCAUAACCCAAUACCGGCAGGUUUUUAUGCAGACACAGGAGAAACUAGAUGUCCUUCGAGCAGCAUGUCGCGAAUUCGUGUUUGCUCAACCCGCUAGCUGA